AGCAAGCGGUCCUGUUUUCUCCAUGUAUGGGGAAGGGAAGAAAUGAUUUCAGAUUAAACUAUUCCUCACCCGGUGACUGUUUCCGAAAUGCUGCAAUUGUAAUUUCUCCCUGAAGUUGUAAACUUGUUCCGGAAGCUGCCAUCCUCUUCCUUUCUGUAAACGCUCAAAGGUGAGACAUCGCAAAGUUUUCUCAACAGAAAUCGCGUCGCUUUCAAGUGCCGUUUAAUUCCAUCUUGGGGAGAGUUUACCCGAGGGAGCUGCUCCAGUCACAUCCAACCGACGGCGAAUUAGUCCGAGACUCUGCGAUGGACGGUGCCGGUGGAUACAGAAAGGAAGCUCCGUAUGAACUAUCACCAUCUCGGUGCUGCCUGAGCUGAAUGUGUUCAGCAGCGCAGGGACAUUGGAACUGAAAGGGAUUUGAAUCAGGAAAUGCUGAGGGUGAACAUGGCUUCCAGACAACAGGGAGAGAGUUGGACCGAGGAGGUAAUCUGUCCCAUUUGUCUGGGUUUCUUCACCGAUCCGGUUACACUGGAUUGUGGACACAACUUCUGCCGCUCCUGUAUCACCCAGAGUUGGGAAAGGCAGGAGAUAAACUCCUGCCCGGAAUGUAGACAGGAGUUUCCGGAAAGAAACCUCAGGGGCAACCGGACCUUAGCGAAUCUGGCCGAGAAAGCUCGAACAUUAAAUCUGAAUCCACAAGAGAAGGAAAGUGAACAUCACUGUGAGGAACAUCAGGAAGAACUGAAGCUGUUUUGUGAAACUGACAAGAAAUUGAUCUGUCUGAUUUGUAGAGAUUCCCGGGAACACAAAUCUCACAACUUCAUCCAGAUUACAGAAGCUGUUGGAAUCUACAAGGAUCGGGUGAAAUCUUCCUUGGAUUCUCUCACAGGAAAAAAAUCAGCAGCUUUAGAAAUGGAGCGGGAGCAGAAACAGAAGAUUUUCCAAAUUCAGGAGGAAUCCAACAGCCUGCAGACCCACAUCAAAUCCGAAUUCACUAAAAUGCACCAGAUGCUGACUGAGAAAGAGCAGAGUUUACUCCGAGAUCUCAGGGAACAAGAGGAAAACAUUCUCAAAGCAAUGGAGCAAAAUCUGUGUGAAAUUCAAGAUAAUUUAAAUUCUCUUCAGCAGGAACUCUCACAAUUGGAAAAACAAUUGGAACAAACAGACGGAGUGAUAUUUCUGAAGGAGGAAGUAUCUCGGAAGAGAAGGAUCAGUGAGAACGGUUAUGUGCUCUCACUAACAGAUGGUACCAUCUCCACUCAAACAUUCUGCAGCCUCUUCCCUUUUCUUGCAUGGAAAGAAAUGCAGGAAGCCAUUGAACCUGUCUCUGUGACCCUGGAUGUGGAAACAGCGAGUCCCCGGCUCAAGGUCUCUGAGGAUCUGAAGAGUUUGAGAUGCACCGGGGUCCCGAGGAGUCUCCCUGGCACCGGGAAGAGGUUUACAGACUGGGACUGUCCCUGUGUCCUGGGAUCAGAGGGAUUCACAUCAGGGAGACAUUACUGGGAGGUGAAGGUGGUGGGGAAUAGGGACUGGAGUCUGGGAAUAGCCUCAGAGUCUGUGGAGAGGAAGAGACGGGUCAGACUGAUCCCGGAGAAUGGAUUCUGGAUCAUGGGGCAGGUUGAGGAUCAGUUUUAUAUAAACUCCUCUCCUCGAUCCCCUCUCCCUGUCGGUCUGAUCCCCAGGAAGGUGGGAGUUUAUCUCAGUUAUGAAUCUGGGACAGUUUCAUUUUACAACGCGGACACCAAGUCCCAUCUCCACACCUUCCCUGGGAAUACAUUCACUGGGAAACUUUAUCCUUUCUUCGAGACUCGGGAUUUAAACAAGUUUCUGAGAAUCAGCUGUUAAAGGGGCGGGGCCUCCCUGACGUCACAAUGACCCCCGGGUUUAGGGUCUGGGUCAGGGAUUGGGGUCAGAAACCUCCCAUUGACAACAGGAUGUUACUGAAUGUGUUACUGAAUUCUGAGAUUAUACUUUGUAUCAUCACAACCAAACUGUCAAUAAAUCAGAUACAAAUAUAAACGUCAGAUGGUGAAAAUAAAAAGUAAAUUAAA